GUACAAGAACUGUUGAAGAGCAGGGCAUGACAUGUUUUAUGAAAAGCAGGGAGAACAUGAGGCCUAUUCUGUAACAUCACGAAUGGUUAGUAAUGCAAGCUCAGAAGAAAUCACCUUCCAGAUGCUGGUGCAGGCUCUUCUAUGGAAGUGUGUCAGAGCCACAUGAUGAAGUUGCAUGGAUCGACCUGAGAAAAUGUUCCAAAUCCUCACAAUACUGUUGCUGGAAACAAAGCUCUCCAUGGUCUCAGCUUUAUUUACAGUUGAAGUUCCUCAACAGCUGUACACUGUGGAGUAUGGGAGUAAUGUAACCAUGGAAUGCAGAUUCCCUGUGAAUGGCUCAGUGGAUCUAGGACUCCUGACUGUUGUUUGGGAACAGAAAAGGCAGGGCUCAUUGAAAUCAAAAGAGGUGUACACAUUCCGCAAUGGGAGGGCACUCCAUCCAUCUCAACAUCCUGAUUACAUAGGAAGAGCAUCACUUCUGCACAGUGGACUGAAGUUGGGACGAGCCAUCCUCCAGAUCACCAAUGUUAAGAUAACAGAUGCAGGAUCAUACCUUUGUCUCAUUGACUACCAGGGCGUGGACUACAAGUACAUUGCUUUGGAAGUAAGAGCAUCUUACAAGAGAAUAAACACUCAAGCAAUGAGAGUACCAGAUGAAGACAAGUUUGUUUUUAUGUGCCAGUCAGAAGGCUUUCCUCUGGCAGAGGUUUUCUGGCAAAAUGAGAACCUCAAUCUCAGUGGAUCUGCAAAUACCACCUAUACACUGACUGCAGAUGGCCUCUACAAUGUCACCACCAUCCUGACAUUCAAACCAAAUAUGAGUGAGAACUACACUUGUGUCUUCUGGAAUAAAGAACUGAAUGGAGAAACUUCAGCUCACUUUUCCACUUUAGCUUUAAUGAGUACACAGUACAGUGGACAAAAAUUCCUGGUCUCCUUAAUCAUCCCCACAUGUGUGACUGUAGCUGUCCUUCUCUCUGCACUAAUAAUAUUUCAGAAGAGAAAAUCAUUCAAGAAUGAACAACCCAAAAAAGACAGGAAAAGAAAACUGAACCCUAAUGCAAAGGAUGAGAACAGUGAUGAUUUUAACUCUCAGUCUGAGGCUUUAUACUUGUCAACUGUCACAGCUUCAAGAGACUGUGGGAGUGUGAGUCUGUGA